AUGGCCGGCGACGAUCGAGGCGUUGAGGCGGCAAUGGGAGUCGGUGAUCGUGGCGUUGAGGUGGACAUGGCUCGCGGCGAUCGAGUCGUUGAGACGGCGACGGCGUUCAGCGAUCGAGUCGCUGAGACGGCGACGGCGUUCAGUGAUCGAGGAAAGGCUCCGAUUCCACCAGAGUGGCGAAACGGUGAUGAGAUCGACAAUAUGCUUAGUUCAGAUCGAGUGAUGAGUUAUGUCGUUGAUGAUUCCGUCUUGAUGAAUGCGGAAUGUAAUGGUAGAAAAUCCAUCGAACAACCUUACUGUGCCAGUAAAUCAACGCAAGGUCACAGUUCUGUUGUAGAUCAGCUGGAAUCAGAGCAUAUCAAUCAGUUAGGGGAUGAUGUGAUGCUGGAUGAUGCUUUGUGCAUGGAAGUUACAUCUGCUCUGAAGGAAUGUGGAGAAGAUAAUAGCGGCAAUGAAUUGGGAGUUGAUAAUGUGAUGUUGGAGGAGGAUGCCUUGCACAAGGAAAUUUCAUCUGUGACGAAGAAUAAUGAUUUGUAUAAUGAUUAUUGUGUGAGAGUGGGAAAACAGAAGUUUAGAGGUAAGACUGAUAAAGUUAGGAUGAAGAAGUUCUGUUGUAACCGCGAAGGAUACAAGAGAUCCAGUGGAAAUGGUGAUGUAUGCCAUGAGAGGGUUAAUUUUUGGUGUGGGUGCCCAGCUUAUAUCCAGUUUACUGUUGACAAAGAUGGCUUCUGGACCUGUACAAAGCAUCUGGUUGAUCACAAUCAUGAUCUUGUGCCGAAUGAAAUGAUUGGACUUCUUCGAUCUCAACGUGAAGUAGAUGAAAAUGAUAUGGAGAUAAUCAGAGACAUGACAAGGAGUGGCAUCCCUUUGGUUGAUGCAUUUAAGUUUGUGGCAAAAUUACACGGGGGAAGCCCGAACAUGAAAUAUACUUUGAGAGAUGCCUACAAUUAUGAGCAUCCUGCUGUUGGAUUUGAAGCUGUGAGGGGUGAAGAUCUACGUUCUAGCCAGGGAAACAUCGAUUCAUAUCUUCCCGGUGACCCUUUCCUAGAGAGCAUUCGCAGAGUGUACACAGUUGAAGCAUUCCGGGAGGUUCAGCAGUUGCACAAAGAUGGGAUGUUGUGCAGGCAGGAGCAGUUAGAGGUCUCAAAUGAUGGCAAUACUGUGACGUACCAUGUUUGGCGGUUUGGGAUAGAGCACUUUAAGCAUGUGGUUAUAAAUGACACUAGGUUACAGAGAUUCUCAUGCACAUGCAGGUCAAGCAUAGCUAAUGAGGGAGAUGGAAAAGCUGCUGGCCCAUUGCUGUGGAAGGCACUAAUUAUGAGACGAUUUUCAGAUUUGGUGUAUGCAAGUGAAUAUAACAAAGAUGCAAAGAAAUGUUGUGAUGAGGUCAUUGAUGUGCUUAAAGAAGAACUCGGCAGUUUCAUUGGUUCAAAUAAUAAUGAUGAGUCUGUAGACAAUGAUGGUGUUAUAAAGAAUCCGGCUGUAAAGAGGAAAAGUUUGGUCCCAGAAACGAACGUCCUAAAAGCAUUCUUGAGAAGGCAUGUAACAAAGUCAGAGGCAGGAAAACAAAUGCAAAAAUUGCUGCAGACCGAACAAGAGCUUCAGUUGCAUCAGACCUGCAUUAUCAAAGCAUGCCAUUUCCUUAUCCAAAGGGAGCUGCUCAACAUUUUACAGGCUCAAGAAGUUUUGCUGCUGUGA